UUUUCUUGCUUCUUAAUCAGGUAUUUCUCAAUAACAGCUGUUUAAAUCAGGUAUGAAAUCAGGUAUACAAUUUUAAUACCUGCUGAAAUAAAUAGAUAAAUAGGCUUCAAUGCCGAAAGAUACAGGCGGAGUAAUUCGAUUUUAAACAACAACGCUCCUAUAAUAUGACCAUGGGGCAGAAUACUUUACGACCAUAUGGGCGUCUUAUAGCGCGGAUUGCAAUUCGUAUUGCAGCCUGCAGGGUUAUGCGAGAAACAUACGGAGGGACGCAGUCGUUGAGCUCCCCUGCCCCACAUUGCAUGACACGUUAAACUCAACCAUCAAUUUGAUAUCAACAGACCAAAAAUAGUCGGAAAGCCUACAGAAACUAUAGAUAGUUAAUGCGACAAUCACAUUAUUAAAAAUAAACUUGGAGCAAUGAUUUACUGAGGAACUAUUUAUUUUGGGAGCAUGCUUUUGCAGGGAGUUCGCCGUCCCACCUGCCCAUAUGGACGGCACGCGCCUGCACGACCCCCCUCACGGUAGGACGGUGCGUCAGGAUCCGUCCCCCUAUAUAAAGCAGACGCCGCCCAGGAGCAUGCUCAAGCUGGCUGGCGAAUCUGAACUUCCGAACUGCGAGCUCAUUGUCUACCUGCAAAACAUUGGCUAAAGAGAGGGAGAAUACUUUCUUGUUCCAGUCAGUCAGUCAGGCACAAGUUACAGAGUCGACAGUAUUUAAACCUCAGUGCAUCAGUCUAACUACAUGAUCUGCAAUGGCGCGUUCAAAAGCACGGAUAUGGACUUGUAGCUUACUUCUGGUUUGUUUUUUGGUCGUUUUGAUAGUGUGUGUUGUAAUGCUUGCGAAGAGCCCGUGUCCGGAGGGGGGCUUCACGAAGGGAGCUGUAGCCGCAGACUCCGAGACCUGCUCCAAGGUUGGACGAGAUAUUCUUCGAAGCGGUGGUUCAGCGGUAGAUGGCGCGAUCGCUGCGUUGCUCUGCACGUCUGUCAUCAACCCGCAGAGCAUGGGUCUGGGCGGAGGGACCAUCUUCACCGUGAUGGAUGGCAGUGGGAAGGUGAAAAUCAUCAAUGCACGGGAGACCGUCCCCAAGAUGUUCAAUAGUAACUUAAUGGAGGACUGCUCUAAAACACCGAGCUGGACUCCAGUGGGUCAGUGGAUUGGGGUUCCAGGGGAACUGCGAGGUUAUGAACUUGCACACCGACUGUAUGGAAAGCUUCCUUGGGCCAGGCUCUUCCAGCCCACUAUCAAACUUGCUCGGAGCGGGUUCCCCAUUCCCGCUGUCCAGGCUCGCUUCAUCCCCUUCUUAGAAAACACCAACGGUUCUUUACGCAAGUUGUACUCUGACAAGGAUGGCAACCUCCUGAAAGCUGGUGACAUCAUGAAGUUUGAGAAACUGGCCGACACACUGGAGAUUUUAGCUAAACAGGGAGCAGAUGCAUUCUACACUGGACAGAUCGCAGAGAAUUUUAUCCGCGAUGUACAAAAUGAAGGAGUCAAACUCACCCUUGAGGACCUGGCGUCUUACGAGGCCAGAGUAAGCGAUGCCUGGAACGUUUCCCUGGGGGAGUAUCAGAUUUACUUGGCUCCGCCUCCUUCAGGGGGCGCCUUAAUUGGCCUUAUCCUCAACAUCAUGAAAGGGUAUGCUCCAAAUCCAGAGUCUAUGAUGGGGGAGGAAAGGGCUCAAACCUAUCAUCGCUUUGUGGAGGCUUGCAAGUUUGCCAAUGGUUUGAAGAAACACCUCCGUGACCCACAGUUCAACUCGGGAGCAGUGGCGGAGAAGAUCACAGAGGAGAGCUUUGCCGACCACCUUCGGAGUCUGAUCAGUGGGGGGAGGAGCCACAGUGCUCAGUACUACAACGUGACGCCCUAUCUGGACAGCAUGGGGACCACACACGUGUCCGUCCUGGCUGAGGACGGCACCGCCGUGGCAGCGACCAGCAGCAUCAACCUAAUAUUUGGAUCCAAGGUGUAUUCCCCCAGCACUGGGGUCAUCCUCAACAAUCAGCUGACAGACUUCUGUGGUAAAGCAGAGCACAUUGUUGCAGGAGAGCAGCCCCCCUCCUCCAUGUCUCCAUCGAUCCUGCGAUCCAAGACCAGGACGCUGGUGAUCGGGGCGUCUGGGGGCAGCAUGAUCAUCCCUGGCACCGCCUUGACUAUCAUGAACCACUUAUGGUUUGGAAAAAGCCUCAAAGAGGCGACAGACAGCCCUGUGGUCUUUGUUGAUUCCAAGAAUGAAUUGAAAUUCGAACCCAGCUUUGACAAGUCUUUGAUAGAGGCGCUCACCUCAAUGGGACACACCCAGACCAACGCAUCGUACUUCUACAAUGUGGUGAAUUCUGUGGAACAGGACAACGGCUGCAUCGCUGCAGUGUCUGACCUCCGGAAACAGGGGAAAGCAGCUGGCUACUGACGAGAAGUCGUAUUGGUUGUUAAUAAGGAGAAUCUGGG